UGGCUCGUCACGACCAUGGUUUUGUAACGCAAAAAAAGCAGCAGGAAGCCGGCUGUGCAGGCGAGCCAUGGCGCCACCGACGAGGAGAGAGAGGGCGGCGGCGGCAGCGGCGAGGCCGAGCUCGUCGUCCCCGUCAGCAGCACCGGCGGGGCCGAGGGCGGUCGAGGUGCAGCGCCGGCGGGUGGGCGGCGGUUGGACGAGCCGCCGGAUCUCCAUCUACGCCUCCCGCGCCUACUUCCUCCUCCUCAUCCUCCAGAUCCCGCUCUUCAGGGUCCCUUGUAGAGCAGGCACAUGCACAACACCAAUUCAAGUCACCUCAUCUCAGUUGGUCUCAAAUGAGAUAUUCCCGCCAGCUGUUGUGAAGGCCAUGCUCUACCCUGGAGCUAUUGUGAGCAGCCUCACUAAAAGAAUUGCAUUUCCAAGGUGGAGUGACCUGUUUGACAUUUACAACUUGACAGAAGCCAAAAAUGCUUCUGCAGUAGUUGAUCUCCAGCGUCUAGAGAUACUUGCUGGGAGCUACUUCUGCGUUGCUGGAGCACUUGUUGGCAUCAUAAAUCCUGGGAGGAUGACUUUGUUUGGUACCCUUUUGGUUAUCUGGGGUCUAGUGAAAGAAGCACUAUUCGGGAAACCAGUGAACAGCGAUCCAACACAAUCAGCUUAUGUCUACCCGACCAUUUUGAUUGCACUGAUCUGUGCAUUUAUGUCCAUAACCUACAAUGUAAAGAAGACGGCAAAAAGUAGUCCUCCUGUUUCUAUUGCGAAGCCACUGAAAAGUUCUGCCAAGUCAAAACUGAAGUAGACACUAUUGUUGCAACUUCGAUCCUUGUAACUCAUUUCCACUUAUUUAUGUGCUAAAGACAGGUUUAAGGAUAAUUUAAGGAUGUUUAUGGUGUAUUUCACUUUCAAUACUGUAACAUUUACUUUUCUCCCUUGCAUUGAUGAUUCACAUGGUCACUCCAUCUGUAAUGUUGACCAAAACCACAUCUGUAAUGUUGAACAAAAAUAGGCAAAUCUUUUUUUUUUUGCCCUGAAUAGUUAUGCUGUAGGCAGGAGUGUCUUUUACAAUGUUGA